CAUAAAUUUUUUACAGUGUAAUCAAACGAUUAAAUGGGACUUACGUUUCGAUAAGAAUGAAAUGAACGUAUUUACGUAACCAUCAAUUGCAAGAGAUUCGAUAAGAAGUCGAUUAUCGAUUGUUUUCGAUAUUACAGUAACACUUAUUUCAAGUAAUAAGGCAAACUAAGUACUCUAGUAUCGCGUGUUUCACAAUAAAUAGAAAAUACUGUGUGUGUUAUUUCGUGCCAUUUUUAAUGGUUGUGGAAACGUUUGAAAAUAACAUGAUGGAAGAUGGACCUGUCCAAUCGCAGACAAGUCAAGCUGAUUUUAUUAAAGAGGAGUUGAAUUUCGAUAUAGAUCCACAAGAUCCAAUGACCAAAGCAGCUUUAAAUGAACAGCCGAUUGAAGAAUGGAUGGAUAUUUUAGGAAAUGGACAGCUACGAAAAAAAGUUAUAAGGAAGGGUAAAAAUGGAACACGACCAAAUACAUCUGACAUUUGUACCUUAAAAAUCAUUGGAAAGUUGCAAGACGGUACAAUAGUUGAAGAGUACGAAGAGCUGAAAAUUCAAUUAGGUGAUGUUGAAGUGAUUCAGGGGUUAGAUCUGGCAAUAGCAUUGAUGGAUACAGAUGAAGUUGCAGAAAUUGAAGUUAACCCUAGAUUUGCUUACGGCAAGCUUGGAAAGGAACCAAACAUUCCAUCAGAUGCUACUAUUUUAUAUACAGUUGAACUGAAAUCUGUUGAGAUAGAAGAAGAAAUAGAAACUCUAGGCAUCAAUCAGAGAAAAGAAAUAGGUAAUAAAAAGCGAGAACGAGGAAAUUGGUGGUUUACUCGUAAUGAACCAACACUUGCAAUUCAGUGUUACCGAAGAGCACUAGAAUUCUUAUUACCAACAGAAAGUCGUAGCUCCUAUCAAAAUGAAAUUGAAGAUUCCACUACUGAUGCAGAAUUGCAAGCUCUAUUAGAAGACCGUAUGAAAGUAUAUAAUAAUUUAGCAGCUGCACAAAUGAAAACACAAGCUUAUGAUGCUGCUUUAAAAAGUGUAGAAAGUGUUUUGAGUUGUCAACCACAGAAUGUAAAAGCAUUAUUUAGAAAAGGAAAAAUUUUACAUUAUAAAGGAGAACAUACAUUAGCAUAUCAAACAUUGCUUCAAGCGGCAAGAUUAGAACCAGAAACAAAGGCUAUUCAGACAGAACUAGCUAUUUUGAAAGAAAAAAAUGCUAAAGAUGCCCAACACGAGAAAAAUCUGUACCGUAAAAUGUUGGGUACACACGAAAAAAAUAAUAAUAUUUCAUCAAAAGAUGCAAAAAGGAAAAAUGAAAUUAAGACUUCGUCAAAAGUUACAUGGAGUUUAAUUGGAGGAGCAACUGUAGCAACAAUAGGUAUACUUUUAUAUAGAUUUGUUUCAUGAAAAAAGUUUAAGAUACGCCAAAAUAAAAACCUUUGUUCCAAUUAAUUAUUACAAAAUGUAUUGAUACAUAAUUAGAUAUUAUUAAUUUUAUAUUUGCGUAAAAAAUAAGUAUAAAACAAGAAAUCAAAGAAACAAGUUAUCAAUUGGCAUCAAAUUUUACUUAACAUAUUAUUUUAGUCAAAUUUUAUUAACAUUUUUUUUUGAUGCUAUAUAUGAAAAAUUUAAUAAUUGAUGUAUAAUAUUCAAAUGUUGAUUGUAUAAGAUUAUGGAUGUUUAUAAAAUUUUAUUUAAAUUUAUUAACAUUAGUAUACCUAAUUCUGCAAAAUCAAUAAAAAAUUUUUGAUGUACAUCUUAUGAAUAAUAAUAUACAUUUUGUGUAAUUUUAUUAACCCUCGUGUUUUGGUAACUGGGUCUCUGGGAACCGGCUACAAUAGGCCAUACUCCGAGGGUUAAUGUAAAACUUUGUCGAUAAUGAUACCACGUAUUUUAAGGUGAAUAGUUUUAGUGCAUUCAGAAAGUAAGAAAAAGACCUUUAUAAUCAUUGUUAUUAAAUAUUUAUUUAGCUCACUACCAGUAACAGGAUAAAAAGUAUAUUAUUAAAUUAUUUUUAUCGUUAUCUAUUAUUUAAGGAUUUGUAAGAUUAUGUAUUAUGAUAUAAAGACUUAUAAGGGGACAUGAGUGAUGUACAAAACAACAUUUUUAGAAAUAAAAUAGAAUUGAAAAAUA